CCCCUCCUCCCUCCAACCCCUCCCCUCCCGCCAACCCAGUAAGCUUGGGAUCCUGGCCCGUUGCCAUAGUAGCUGACCUCUCCUUAUCCCCCCACUAGCAGAAAAUCAUCCCCUUCUGAAAUGUCCUGUUGUGUCUGUUGAUUCCAGCCUUAAGACCCCCACCCUGCCCGGCCCUUGCCCACUCCCAGGCUCCCAGGACAGUCACACACUUGGCCUCUGUGAUGCUCUGUGGUCUGGCUGGGGGAUGGGGGUGUGCACAGUCGGAGGACACACUGGAAUAUUCAGGACGCGCUCCGUGGAAGCAGACCCAGCUGGAGGCGCAGCCUACCCCUACCACAAAGGACCCCUCAGGAAUGAAGCCGCUUUUGAGGUUUGGAGGAGCGGUGGACUCGCCUACUCUCCUUAAAUAGUCAAGCCUUGCUCCUGCGGCCACAAGGAGUCCACCUGCAGCACCGCCCACGGCCGACUCACAGCCCACCUGCUUCCCCCAGUCUCCUGUCCUUCCCCUCCUAAGCCAUCUGUAAGAGCCACACCAUGAACGGCCUGGAAGCAGCCCUGCCAAGUCUGACCGACAACUCCUCCCUGGCUUACUCUGAGCAAUGUGGACAGGAGACGCCCCUCGAGAACAUGCUCUUUGCCUGCUUCUACCUUCUGGAUUUCAUCCUAGCUUUUGUGGGCAAUGCCCUGGCCCUAUGGCUCUUCAUAUGGGACCACAAGUCGGGCACCCCAGCCAAUGUGUUCCUGAUGCACCUGGCUGUGGCCGACUUGUCCUGCGUCCUGGUCCUGCCUACCCGGCUGGUUUAUCACUUCUCUGGGAAUCACUGGCCCUUUGGGGAAAUCCCAUGCCGACUCACCGGCUUCCUCUUCUACCUCAAUAUGUACGCCAGCAUCUACUUCCUCACCUGCAUCAGCGCUGACCGGUUCCUGGCUAUCGUGCACCCAGUCAAGUCCCUCAAGCUUCGGAGACCCCUCUAUGCCCACCUGGCCUGUGCCUUCCUGUGGGUGGUGGUGGCUGUGGCUAUGGCUCCAUUGCUAGUCAGCCCACAGACUGUGCAGACCAACCACACAGUUGUCUGUCUGCAGCUGUACCGGGAGAAGGCCUCCCAUCACGCCCUGGCAUCCCUGGCUGUGGCUUUUACCUUCCCCUUCAUCACCACAGUCACCUGCUACCUGCUGAUCAUUCGAAGCCUGCGCCAGGGUCCCCGGAUAGAGAAGCACCUCAAGAACAAAGCUGUCCGCAUGAUUGCUAUGGUUCUGGCCAUCUUCCUGAUCUGUUUCGUGCCCUACCAUAUCCACCGUUCAGUCUACGUGCUUCACUACCGCGGCAGUGGGACGUCCUGCACCGCUCAGCGUGCCCUGGCCCUGGGGAACCGAAUCACGUCCUGCCUCACCAGCCUCAACGGGGCCCUGGACCCUGUCAUGUACUUCUUCGUGGCCGAGAAGUUCCGCCAUGCCUUGUGCAACUUGCUCUGCAGCAAACGGCUCACGGGCCCACCUCCCAGCUUUGAAGGGAAAACCAAUGAGAGCUCCCUGAGCGCCCGAUCCGAGCUGUGAGCCUCAAGGAGGUCCUGUCAGCAAGCCAGCUGUAGACUGUUGCAGGAGGACCAGUGGGGCCUAUGCUACGAGAGCCAGCUAAAGAAGUCUGUCUUCCCUCACCACUUCCUGAGCAAACAGACUGAGACGUCAGCAGCUCUCGCCCUGCUCCAAGGUCUCAGCGGCAAGGUCAUCCAGUCUGAGCAAAUCCAUCAAGAGGGGGGACUAACUACAGGGGUGCCCUGUCCACCCUUCCAAGGGGACUGGGCUGGCCUGGCUUCUGUACAGCUCCCAGACACUCAGUGACUUCACUGGUGCUAAAUAGGGAAGAGAGCCACAGGGACAUUUCUGGAACAAUGGGAACCUUUCUUCCCCGCUAAACUUCCAGCUUCUUUCAUACUACAGAUGCCCAGAGCAACAAAGCCCUACAGAAGAACCCAGAGAGCAAGCUGCCCAAGACCCAGGAAAAGAGGCAGCACAAGCCUCAGUGGACCUAGAGGGGCGUCUAAUGUUUCCUUUGAAGUGUGUGGUAUAUUGGGUAUCGCUUACGGUGCCUUUGCCCCUCAAUCCCUUUCUGAGUUUAGGGGACACAGGCUCUAGUGGUAGACACACGUGAGUUCAUUUCAGACUGGUUGCUUGUGCCCCUCCUGCUGUAACCACGUUCCCACACCUGCCUCCAUCCUGACAAUAUCUAGCGCUUCUCAACAGAAGGUGGCCUCGCCAGGCAAGUGGUAUAGAUGAUGGGAAGCCAUUAGAACCCACUGCAGACAGGGAGCCAGAUGUGCGAACUUGUCUCCAGGUCACCCAAACUCAGAAGGGGCGUCCUGAGCCCCACUCCUUCCCAAGAGGUUUCUACCACCAUGGCUGCCUGGCUUGGAGCUGUUGAACUUGUCAGAGUGUGGUGAUGGCUGCAACGUGUCCUUUCUUGUGCCUGUUUGUACUACUCUUAAACAUAACCGAGCCCUAAGACGAAGGAGAUUCUUGUGCUGGCUCACCAUGACAUGGCAUGUCCUCCCCCUGAAAUUCUCUUCCCUUCCACCUAAGAAUGGCCUCCCUUGCUGUAGUUCUGGUGGCCCGCAUGGCCUAUCUGCCCCAGGUAGACCAUGCAUCAUGGAGUCCCGAGUGCCACUCUAGGUUAGGAGGGCGCUCAGACUUCUCCCUCCAACUGUAGCCUGCCCAUCAGUAGAGAGACAGACCCUAUGAUGACCCUGAUGCUCAGCAUUGCUUCUCACCAGCACUGGCCUGCCUAUCCCCAUGGCCCCUCAUCAAGACAGUCUGCUGAAUACAAGACCACGCAAGCCUUACAGAGGCCAGAACCAGCAUGAGGCCAUGUGCCUCUCCAGUGGAGCAGCAAAGAGGCAAGAUUGCUGUAGGCUGUGACAGGAGUGACGGGGGGGGGGGCAAGCACCCAGCCAGGAAGGGCAGUUCUCGUGGGACUACCUUUCCCGGCACAGGGGAUGGAGAAGCAGACUUGGGUCAGAGGAGGAGAAAAUUGCAGUUCUAUUUGGGACUUGUGUUGGUAUCUAAAAUGGAGAUGCCACACAGGCAGGGGAAUUGAACAAAGGCGAGGUCUGGGGGAGGCUCCUGGAUUGUGCCAUUGAGAGGCCCAAGACUUCAUCUUUAAGGGCAGGCAUGGACACGGGCCCAGAGAACACCUCUGCGCAGAGGGAGAGACUUGGGGAAGCUAGCACAGCACAGAAGUCUCGGUGGGAGAGGUGGGCCCUUAUCAGAGACCACUGGGAGGUCAAGGAGAGGACCUGGUGAUGCCCAGGGAUGCCCUGAAAUGUACAGGUCAGCAGAUGUGCUGGGAAGGGGUCGGAGGCACAAAGGUGUUGCUGGGAGCUCCCCCAAAGCUUUCCCGUGCAAGUGGGAGAUGACGUCAUGGCUGCUGCGGAGGUGUGGAGCCCACGAGGCACGGGGAGAAAGGAGAGUAAGGCUUCCUGGAAGGGGAACUGCCAGAGUACCAGUGAGGCUUACCGUCCUGGAUAUAGCGUAAAUCGGGCAAGCUGGCUAAGGGGUCUCUCUCCAACAUCCUCCAGCCAUAUGAAUACAGGGAGGAAGGAGACCGCUGAGGUCAGCAUGGUGUGGCAGUAGCAGGUGCGAUGUCAGGAGUAAUCAGGAUCUGCCAACUUAAACCUCCUCAUCCAUCCACAGCCACUAGGCCUGUCUGUCCCCACUCUUCUGCCUCUGUUCUUAUCUACCCCCUUGGGGGCUGUGUUGUUCUCCGUCUACUCGGAGUAGAACAGCAGAGGGCGCUGCAGAGCCUACUUAGCAGGACCACGGCACUUAGCGUAGGGGCAAGAGCCCCUCCUCUCUGCCCUCGCCUGCAGCUGCCUCACCUGCCCGCGUUCUUCACAAAGCCCAGGUCAGCCAGCUCCACGUCACACAGCUCACAGCGGAAGCAGCCCGGAUGCCAGUUGGCGUUCAUGGCCUUGAUCACGCGUCCGAUGACAAACUCCCCUGGAAGAGGAAGCCCCUCAGCUGUCAGUCAGGGCACUCCCCUCCCCCGCCCCCGCCCCACUUCAUCAGCUCCCAAGUCUUAUGUACCCAGUUCUCCUCCCAGUUCAGCCUUGUCUAAGCACCCCUCUUUUAGGGGCCUGAACAGAAGUGCUCAGAAAGACAGAGUGAGAGGAUGAGGUAAAGUUCCCAGGCUAAGGAGUGGCAGUAUUGCCUGUUCCCCAACUUGCCCCCUUCCCCCUUCCUAUGUGCUGUCGCCAGCUCUUACCACAGAAUCCGCAGCAUGGAGCAAACAGCAUUUGGAAGUCAUGUUCGCAGUACUUCCGGCCCUCAAACUGCAAACGGAGCCACAGGCGGGAAAAAAUAAAAGACACACAAGACACUCAGCAUUUUUACAAGCCUUUGCCCCCUAACAAAUAGCAGGGGUCUGUGGUUCUGAGAAGAUGGACUUCUAAAGCUAGCUGGAGCAGGGGACUCUCCUAUGCAGUUUAUCAGAGUGCGAAGUGAGGGUUCCCCUGAGAUGCUGAGGGGCCCAAGGCCAGCUCUCGGGGAUUCCUCUGUCUGCUGAGAGAGGAUGGAUCCUGACAACAGGACGCACUGAGGUGGGGAGCUGGUGCUGGGGAAGAAUGGAUCACGUCUGAGUUACAUGUGCCACUUUGUCCUCCAUGUCUGCCCAGCUCAGUGCCUCAGAGUCUAGGGGAAUUGGGGUGACAAAGAAAAGAGUGCUGCGGUCAGCCGCUGUUAUGUGUUGUUCCCAAGCUUGGCCAAAGCUUACCUCUUCCUUCCUCUCCCUUAACAACAACAACAAUAACAAAAUCCUGGGCCUGGGAUGUAGCUCAGUUUGUAGAGUACUUGCUUAACAUGGGUGAAGCCCUUGGUUUGGUUCACAGGAUUGCGUAAACAUGUCUGUAAUCCCAGCACUUGGGAGAUGGAGGCAAGAGGGACCAGGAGUUCAAAGUCAACCUUGAUAACUUCCCUCUCCUAAAGCUACCUGCAGCUCUCCCUCUGAGCCAGAGAGGCCACAAAGGCUUAGACUUCCUCACCAGCAACGUCUCCCGAGCACCUGCUGUGUGCUAGGCUUGGUUCUGGGCUAAAACCCCUCGCAGAGCUCUGGCCAACCCUCCACUGCCCUAUAGCCAGCCAGCAUCUCCAGGGAGCCUGGAAAGUGACGGGAUCCUUUGCAUCAGUCAACCGGUGAUGCCAACACCCCACCAGAGAGCACAGCUCCCUUUAAGUUCCAGUUGCCCGGUGCCCUCCAUUGCAGCCCAGGGGAGCGGCAGCCAGCGUUCAACCAGCUUUGGUGGAGGCAACAGAGGCCCCGACUCUGGGCCUGCCAGACGCUGUGGUGUGAAUCUUACUGCCAGUCUGAUGCCAGAAGUGGCACCACGCGGACAGAAAUAACCUCAGAAGCAUAAACGUGAACGUCUAACAAAAUAACGAGAAGCAGGACAAGUUUAAGUACUUGUUAUCUUCAUUUUUAAUAAAGCGCGACAUCUAUUAAUACAGCUCA